CCAUAUUCUAUAGGGAAUAAUUGAGUUUCUACCUGAAAUGAAAUCUGUGACCUCUCAAUUAGAUUGUGAAAAAUCAGUCAUGGGAGAAGAGAACAGAAGAGUCAAAGAAGAUAAAACUCAAAUUACAGAGCUGUAAGUCCUUAAAUAGGAAUCGGCAGUUUUCUCGAGAUCACAGCACUGAUCGCAGCAAGAAUACAGACACGGUGAAAUAUCUACAGGACCAGCUGAGACGGGAGAUGGAGGAACAUAUUAGAGAGGGUAAAGGGAGUGUAGAGAAAGUCAAAGAGAGAGUGGCGAGAAUCCAGCAGCUGAAAGAGGCUCUCAGAGAGGAGACACUAAAGAAUGGGGCUGCUACUGAGAAAUCUGACUUCUGUCAACAAUCUCAGUUGGAAUACAACAAAGCACAGGAGCGGAGGAGGCAGCUUAAGGAGGAUCAUGGGAGAUUAAUUCAGGAGGAGGCAGAGAAGAUGGAGAGUGAAUUGGCGCAGAAACAGCAACUGACAGAGGGCCCCCAGAGAGAGCUGCUGGUGCUGACCAGAGAGAGGCGGAUUCUGGUGCUGCAGAUAGAGGCCCUACGCGCCGAGGCCCUGCAGGCUGAAAGAGACCUGCAGGAUCAGCAUCACAGACACCAGACGGAGCUGCAGUGUCUGAGGGAGGAGAGCCUACAGGUGUUCCGUGUGUUUCGUCAGGUAAGCGAAGAACAGAGAAAAAUGUCAGAGGGCAGGUACAGAAAUGUGCUGCUAGAGGCUGUGCAGGAUGCUGUCUACCUGUCUGCCCAGAACCAGCAGCUGCAGGCUGACAACAAACAACUCCGCAAAGCACUGGGAGAGUUAAAGGAUAAUCUAGCUGCGAGAGGUGAUCCCAAGGUUGAACCACUCUCCCAACAACAAUGAACUUGUACUGUA